AAGCUUGAUCGAUACUCGGGUACCUCUGUGGAAGCAUCUUCUUCCCCACAGGAGACGAGUCUGUGCCACGUUUCAUCCUCACCUCAUGAAAGAUCUAAUGGAAUCAGUCCACCGAGAGAUUCAGCCCAGCUGUCGCCAAUGAAAACCCGAAACUUAACCUUAUCGCAGCUGAGUGAUCAGGACUGGCUGCUGCUUUGUGGCCAGGUUAGCAGUGUGGGAGAUGAUUCACCAUCAGCAGAGAGAGCUGGGACCAGUGUGGGACAUCCAAACCACACUGACAGAUGUGGUUGUUCCUGUCCGGUUGCACACCAACAUCCAUCUAGUUUGCAUCCGCAACCAAGACAGGGCACCGUCCAGCAAGACUGCCUCUCCAGAGUUUCAAACAAGAGAAGCCUUUCAUCUUCACCACACACCCAGCCUUUCUCUCAAAUCUCUCAAGCUCCGACAACUUGCCAGGUUUUACCACAGCAAACAAACCAAAGGGAUCUGCUGAAACCUGCAACGAACCAUCCGCAGGAUCAUUUUAUGCUUCAGUGCAGCGACCAAGAAGGUCGAAAGGAGUCUUGCAAUCAUUUUCAAGUUAAAGACAGCAGCCAGGCAACUUUAUUCAACAUUCCUCUGAACUCCUUCGAGUGUGCUGAGACGAAUCAGAAGCUCCACCGGCACCCUCAGCCUGCUGUCACUGCAGACCUCAACUGGAGAGAGCUUUUUGGUAAAGAACCACUGCUAGUUCAGCAACGUCAAAAGCAAGACUGCUCGAUGAGCGGUGAUCAGGCCUGCAAUUCAUCUGGAGACCCCUCUAUCAUCCACAAGUGCCGUCAUCUCCCUCACAACCCUUUAACCGGCACGCCGCAGGUACAGAGGUCAUCUACUCCAGCCAGUAACAAAAGUGUCCAGUCCUUCUCCACCAGCCAGUAUAGCUCACUUGAGAACCAGGAUUUCGUGGCAGAGAGAGCUAGACAGCGACAAAGUCAGACAAACUCUCAGCACCUCAGUGGAUCAAGACUCUCCCUCCCUAAACACACUCCUCCACCUUCCUCCAACUCAAAAACUGGUGACAUCGUCAACGGGGAUGCGGUGCGACCACUGAGCAGCCAUGGCCAACAGCCUCUUCAGCUUCUUCACAGUGCCAUCCUGGAGGACGCCUUCUCCAAAGUCAUCAGAGAGGAUUCCAGUAAGGCCAACAGCGAGAACCUGACCAGAGAGGAAGGCAGCGUACCACAGAAGAAGAGCAAGGACAUUAGCUACCGGCUGGGUCAGAGAAAAGUUCUCUUUGGGAAGCGCAAGCAGUUGAGCGACUACGCGUUGGUCUGUGGGAUGUUUGGCAUCAUCGUCAUGGUGAUCGAGACGGAGCUGUCGAGGGGAUUUUACAGCAAAGAUUCCAUAUAUUCAUAUGUACUGAAAGGCCUGAUCAGCCUCUCUACUGCCGCUCUUCUUGGACUCAUUGUGAUGUACCAUGCAAGAGAAAUCCAGCUCUUCAUGGUGGACAACGGAGCAGACGAUUGGAGGAUAGCGAUGACCUUAGAGCGGAUUCUCUUUGUUUCGUUCGAGCUCCUCAUCUGUGCCAUCCAUCCAAUCCCGGGCCAGUACGUGUUCACCUGGACCGCUCGACUGGCCUUCAGUUACACAGCAUCAGUGGCGGACGCCGACAUCGACAUCAUCCUCUCUGUGCCGAUGUUCCUGCGCCUCUACCUGAUUGGCCGGGUCAUGCUGCUCCACAGCAAGCUGUUCACGGACGCUUCCUCCCGCAGCAUCGGGGCGCUCAACAAGAUCAGCUUCGACACACGUUUCGUCAUGAAGACUCUGAUGACCAUCUGCCCCGGCACGGUCCUGCUGGUCUUCAGCGUGUCCUGUUGGAUCAUCGCAGCGUGGACCGUGCGUGUAUGUGAGAGGUAUCACGAUGCACAGGAGGUGACCAGUACCUUCCUUGGAGCAAUGUGGCUGAUCUCCAUCACCUUCCUGUCCAUCGGCUACGGCGACAUGGUCCCUCACACCUACUGCGGGAAGGGGGUUUGCCUGCUGACAGGAAUCAUGGGAGCGGGCUGUACAGCAUUAGUGGUUGCCGUUGUUGCAAGGAAGUCAGAACUCACCAGAGCUGAAAAGCACGUCCAUAACUUCAUGAUGGACACUCAGCUCUACAAAAAGAUAAAAAACACAGCAGCCAAUGUCUUGAGAGAGACGUGGCUCAUCUACAAAAACACCAAGCUGGUCAAGAAGGUUGACCGUGCCAGAGUACGCCACCAUCAGCGUAAAUUCCUGCAAGCCAUCCACCAACUGCGAAGAGUCAAAAUGGAGCAAAGGAAACUAACCGAUCAGGCCAAUACAGUUGCUGAUCUUGCCAAGACUCAGAACAUGAUGUAUGAUCUGGUGGUGGAGCUUCAGCAUCGAAGCGAGGAGCUGGACAGGAGGAUCGUAGCUCUGGAAGAGAAACUGGACUCCAUCCUCCUCAGCGUGCAGUCGCUGCCUGUCGUGCUUUCUCAAGCAAUAACAAAGCUACAAAAGGAUUUCCUGGACGACUUGGCCUGUCGUGUCCACUUCCUGUCAUCCUCCCUGAGCUCUGAGUGCUGUUCAGUCCCUGCCAGGCAGCUCUGUCAAGGACCCGCCGCACCAGAGACACCAUACAGCUCAUAGGCCUCACUCACUGGUUUUCUCUUUAGUCUGCAACCUUUUUUUCAUGCUGAGAAGGAUUUUCUCAACAUGUGCACUCUUUUUUUUAGUAGCUACACAUUCAUUCAGUUACACACAUUCACCCCUGGGAGUUACAGCUAUAGCGCCUCAUACUGAGCAGCUCCAUUGAGAAGGGAAGUGCCUCAGUCAGGGGAUUUUAGAGGAAGGGAAGAGCAUUAUUCCUUCAUUUCCUCUGCUCAAAGUGUCACAGUUAGUCCAGGGACUAAGUUUUCACCUACAAAUCAGUCCAUAUAGCCUCCUUUUAACUCACUCCAGAGAUCCAUAUAGGAAGAGGAUUUGUAAGUAAUGCUUCAUGGAGAAUUACAAUGUCAUUGUCAACGCAAUCUAUGAUUAAAACAGCUUAUCUUAUACAGUCUAACUGAGUUAAAGGCAGGGUGGGUGAUAUUGAGAAACUACAUAAGAGUAAACUAGGUUUUAAAAAUGUUCAAACCAAAAAACACAGCCCAGUGUUGACAACUCUUUUCUAAUGAAAGUAGCCAGCAGCACUAGUUUCAAAAGUCCCUAAAUCUAGAGAGAAAAUAGGCAACACGGGCAGUCCGUCACUUCAGGCCUCCCUCCAAAGCCACUCCCUCAAAAUUAUCAAUAAACAUAGAAUAAUGAAUGUGAAUGGUGAACAUGGCUAUUGUUAGUACUCACAGCUGUCAAGCAGAAGACUCCGGUGAUGUGCAGUGAGUUCAUGGGCAGAGUUAAGGGCAGAGUGCACACAGGUAGACAGACAGGUCGCCCGUCCAAUCAUUACAUUCGGGCUAAAUGAAAUGAUUGGACGGGUUUAUUACAGUCCUGCGACAGCAACAGAUACAGAUUUUUUG